AUGAUACCUUUGCACCUUCGAAUUGAAGAGCGCUACCUUGCCUUAAAUAAAAUCCUGGGUUCCCUGCUAAAUCUUCGUGGCGAAGUCAUCACCGAUGAGAAAGCUGAACAACUCAGUAUCGACAUCCACUAUUUGGAUAUUGAUACUGGUGCGACAUCCGACUCGGUGACUCCUUACUUUCUCCCACGCACAUCAUUCCCUAGCUGUCGUGACAUGAGCGGGGACCUUCAUUACAUGUUGCUUCCCCAGGGACAGAACCCAAGCAGGGACCAUCGAUGGAGGAUUGAGCAGCCGAAACGAGCGUUGAUACUUUUUCCACAGUGCUUGAUGCAGGCGUACUUUGAUUACGCUUCUGAAAUGGAUUAUGAUCGAUUGUGGAGAGUUCAGGGUUCCAAAGUUACGACACAUGGUUGGGUGACCGACGGGUGA